AAACCCUGUUCUUCCCUCUAUACAAAACUUUUUCCCCUUUAUCUUCUAUCUCGUGCCCCGAGGUUUCAUCGUUAAAAUUUAGGGCAACAUUGGUGCUGCCGGCGAUCUUAACCCGUAGGGUUCCAACUAUAAGGGGAAUGUUCAUGUUCAACAUUAGACAUUAGUUUAUCUGUUGAACAAAACAAAAUGAAACACAAGAACGGGAGUGGUAGCAGUGAACAUCUAGAUUCGGAGUUUGAUGUUACUUACAGCGUCAAAGAUGAUGACAAGAUGGUUGGCCGUGCGUCUUCCUCUUCUUUCUCUUCUUCCUCUUCCUCAUCGUCUUCACAUCCAAUGGAAGUAAAUGGUGGUGAAAAUGAUGUGAAAUUCCCAGAAUUUGAAGAAAACGAAUCUAUCUCGCUAAGAUCAAAUAAUACGGAAUCAGCAAAAACGAGUUCAUCUGGGAGACUAACAGUGAAGUUAUCAUCAAUGGCUUCACCACGAUUCUCUGAUUUCGAUACAUCAAAUGCAUCUCCAAUACAAUCCCCUCCGAUCCAAGUGAUGGCGCAAUCCGAUGACUAUGAUCGAAACAGGAUCCCCUCAUCUAUAUUUUCUCCAAAACAGAGUGAUGAUUCGGAAUGGAGUGCAGCUUCGAAUGAAUCGUUAUUCAGUAUCCACAUGGGGAGCAAUAGCUUCUCCAUGGAUAGUGAUUUUUUUAUAAGCCAGUCUGGAAAACUUCACUGGCUGGACGAUGGAUUCGAGUAUUCAUGUUUUACGCCACAUGGCAGUUUGACAAGCCCGAUGGUGGAAACAACAGUAGAAGACGAAAGGAAGAGUGCCGAAGAGAAGGAAGAACUCCUUGAAACCCUAAAUGCAUCACCAACCGAUUUCGUAAGGGGAAAGGAAAGCUCACCGGAUUGGGAGUCCAGUCCAAAUUCUAGGGUUCCGACCGAGGGGACUCGUAAUUCGGAUUCAAGUUCCCAAAGCACUGGUUCAUUUGCAUUCCCUUUACUUGCAGGGGGGAGUCCGGUGAAGGAAGAUGCUGGAAAACCUCAGUCACCAUCAUCAACGCCGCCAACGCCAAAAGGAGCAGCGGAGGCAGAAACUACACCACCGCCUGCAGCUCCCGCCACAACCCCUAAAGCUGGUGGCAACCAAUGGUUCAAUUGCUUCUCAUGCUUCCCAAUUUGUUGUUGACGAGACACGAUUGGAUGAGAAAAUUCAAGGACUUGCCCAGUGCUCAUCUGUUUUCGAGAUCUCGAAAGCCCAACUGCGCCAAUUUAACAAAUCAGAUCCUCUUUGUAAUGAAUAAGAAGCUAAGGUAUUUAUUAUAUACAUGCAAAUUUUUAUCUUCUAAAAAUGUUUUAGAGGAUAAAAUCUUAUAUGUUCCUUGGCUCAUUUUAGCACUUUUUGAUGCUAAUAAAAUGAGGUCGACUUUUAUUUUGGGUA